CUCUAGCCCCGGACGUGUCGUGACGUGAUUUUCGAUUUUUAAGCGCGCACGUCUAUAGUUUGUCGUUCGACAAGGUUCAACUUUCAUGGGAAUUGCUCCAGGAGCUGCGGAUGUUUUCUAAAGGGGAUUAAUAUUGGCCUUGCGUUCUGAAUUGAAGUUUGUCGCGUGCUGGUCUCGGGCGUAUUCAGUUCGGUAGUUUCUAUUAUUAGGAACGGGUGGAGUUUGAUGAUGCCGAAGAAGAAAACUAGUAGCUGAAAAAUUCAUUAGUGUUUACGCAAGAAACAUUGCCUCCCCCCGUACAUGAAAAGCUGGGAAUUGCUAUUGGGAGACGGUUGGUUUGUGAAUAUUCAUUUAAGAAGGGUACGCUAAUCGUGUGACCCUGUUAGCGGUUGAUUAUAGUUGGCCGUGUAAUUCGAUUGGCACUUCAAUUGCUUCUGUAUGUAUGAAUUGUAAUGAAUAAAGAUUUUGCUCUGAAUAAGUUCACUCUGGAAAAUGUAAAUUUUGUAGUAGUUCUAGGUACGUGUGCCACGGAAAUUGAGCCGUACAUUCGAGUUUUUUUACGAUAACGGGCCGUUGUGCUGUGUUUUCCAGGAAACAGCCGGUGGAGUGAAAGGUCGAAAUGAUUUUUGUUUUCGCCUACAUGAGUGGAACGAAAGAUAUAUAUUUGGAACCCUCAGUUCUCGUCGCUUGGGGCGGAGUGUUCCUGCAGCAAAAACAGAUGAAUUCGACGAAUUGUGACGACCACCCUCUCCAUCGCUGAAUCUGGGAAUUGUUUGAAAACCAAACAUUGUUAGUGAGUCCGCCUUGAGGCGGUUGUUUUCUAUUGCGAUAAUUUACAUGCUGUUGGAAUGAAUAAGUAAAAGGAAAUAAAAAUGGUAAUAUCAUCAACGUAAACAGAAGCAACUGUAGGAGUGAGUAUUUGCCGUUUACGAUUUCCGACCCUGACUAUCAACCUCGAGGUGAGGCUUACGAAAUUGAAAACGACUCCAGUCCCGAAAUUCUUCCACCCAACCAACCGAAUCCGAAUUGAAUCGUGAGAAAAUGUGAACGAGGAGCGAUGCUGUGUGCGGUCGUCCUCCAGGGUGAGAUAAAGUUUUACUUACUAAGUUACGCUCGGAAUUAGGAGUGUGACCUCCUUGCGUUCUAUUACGUACAGUUAAAAGGUAGAGUGCCGGAUGUUUCCUUCCCCAAGUGGAUGUGGUGGGUGGUGAGAGUGAAAAAAUGUUUUAAGGUCAGUUCACAAUUACAGAGAAAAAAUAAUAUCGUACCGUCCCAUUUGUCGGUGAUAUAGGAUAACGGAUUAUAUGAAACCGAAAGCUAUUUUGAAAGUGCAAAAAGAUGAUAAAUUAAAGUGUUGAUCGCCGGAUGUAAAUUUGAUAUCCUUUCUGACCGAAGAAAAAGUGUUUUGUUAAUGUUGGUGGUUCAUACAAUGGCGAUGUUAUCCACUCAGGCUAUUCCACAGCGUAAUGUUUGAAAAAAAAGUGAGUCUGAGGAACCGUCCGGCACAAUAAGCUGCCAGGAAGAGAUUUUGUUAAUUUGAUUUUCUCGAAAGUGAAACCAACCAUACCAGAGAGAUUUUACUGUCUACCGAUUUUUAGGACGAAUGGACUCUUGGGACUGCGACACAAAGAACUUGAGUACGAAAGUGAACAACAAUUUGGAGUCACUAGCUGUAACGAGCAGAGAAAGAUAAGAACUCAACCAUCGGUAUAACGCUUGCAUAGACCGCACAGGAAUUGAAAAAAAAAGAAAUUUGUGUGAUUUAGCAUUCAGUGAAUUGUCGUGUGAGCUUGUUUGUGGUUUUAUGAGUGUACAGAGGUCCUACUGUGAAUUGUGGCAAAAUGUCUUGAUUGAGGUUGUGCGGUACUAAUAAAACCGUAUCGCUGUAUGGUAACACACGAAACUACUGGGAAGCAUUCCGUUACAUAAAUCUGCUUUGUUUUCCUCUCAUUUGCUGACAGUGUACAAAGGACCUCCGGUAGUAAUCAGGUCUGGCAAGUUGACAACCACACAAACUCACAUCGGAUAUAACGGUUACGGAAGUACUGGAAGUAUAGGUCAAAAACGAAACUUACUCACUUUUCUCGGAGAUGGCUCAACCGAUUUACCCAAAAAAAGGCCCAAAUUAAAGCCAACCCACGAAAACUCCACCGUCGGCGGAAGCGGAAUUGAUUUUUUACACCGUUCGUCGGGACGCCGUGACGAUGCCACAUGUGACAACAUUGUCAUAAUUUUUCCGCUUUUCAUGGUUUUGGAUACGCGCACCAGCCAGACAAAAAAAAACACUUAGAACUUACGCAUGCAGCUCGAAUAUUUACAAUCGGUGUCAACCACCACCGCUACGGCACAAUAAAGCGUAAAAUUUAUGAGUGUGAAUCCGUCGAUCGUUUCGACUUGAAACGACAGGAAGAGGGUAAGAUGAGGAAAAUUGUUCCCCACAGGCAAAACGUGUGUGAAUAGUGCCCAUAAAAAUACAUGCAACCGUUGUAAAAUUUACAUCGAUUUAUUGGACGGCAGAGAGAAAAAAAUCUGAUUCCCCAGUGAUAGUGCAAAAAAGAAGCCAUUUGACCCGUUAAGCUAAACUAGAUUUUUUUUGUUGAAUUGUCUUUUUUUAUUGGCCGAAACUCAAAUCCAGAGUGGAUUUACAGGAUAAUCAAAGCGUGAACACAAGAGUGCAGAAUCAUUCCGCCGGUGUAUUUUGCAGUGCAAUAACGUGCAAUGAAGCGGAAUUGAGUGGACAAUCGCGAUAGAGGAAAAAAUCAAUACAGAAACAAAGAGUUCCGCCAGUAUUUUAUGCCAAACGGAAAUUGAGAAGAAAAAUUUGCGAAUCAGUUGAAAGCUUCCUGCGAAAUCGAUAUGUCCAAUUGAACAUCGGGAUAUUGUUAGCCCUCAAACCAAUUUUCGAGUGCACGUACGAGAUAGCGACAAAUAGAAAGGGAAGCGAUAAAAAAGGCAGUAGUUGGCAGGUUUUUCGGCACAAAAAAAAACUCACCGAUUGUUGAUUGCAUCGUGGGUUGGGUAAGGUGUAAUGGCCGAUCCUCAUGACGGGGACCGGUAAUGUUGCUCAACAACCGCCACUCGCCCUACAAUGCGGGCCCACGAUGGGCCAACAAUCACUAACGACCACCAUCGUUUCAAAGUUCAACCAGAUCAGGAUUUGGUAGCAGCCGCUACGACGCUAGCUGAGGCGGUAAUCGGACAAAAAUAUCUAACGAGGAGUCGUCGUCAUCACCACCGUUGUUGUAAUUGGAGUACGUAUUGUUGGUUGUUGACAAUCAUCCUCGGUGGCUGGCUGGUUCCAACUGAGGCCGGGCCGAGAUACAGUUCGCGGAUUGUGGAAACUAAAUCCGGAGCGAUUCGAGGCGUUAUUCUGGAACUGAACUCCAAGUACCUAGAACCGGUAGAGGUAUUCAAGGCGGUCCCGUACGCUACACCACCGGUUGGAAAUCUGCGACUUGAACCACCGAAAAAGCUUCCACCGUGGAAGGGGACCAAACUAGCGGAUACCUUCGGCCGGGUUUGUCCUCAGAGCUUUCCGGACAUCAACAACCGUACCGCGGCACUUCUCUUCAUGCCAAAAGGGCGUUAUCAACAUCUAAAACGGCUGAUUCCUCUACUAGCUAACCAAAGCGAAGAUUGUUUGACACUGAACAUCUAUGUUCCUGGUAGCGGAAGCCGCGGUCUCGAAGCACCUUACUCGAUAUUCUUCUACAUCCACGGUGAGGCUUACGACUGGGGUUCCGGGAAUCCUUACGACGGCUCCAUUUUAGCCAGUUACGGCCACGUGAUCGUUAUAACAGUCAAUUUUCGGUUAGGAAUCCUUGGUUUUCUCAAAACUCGUGCCUCAACAUCACCGGGUUCAGGUGGCAAUCUAGGUUUAAUGGACAUCAUACUCGCACUGCAAUGGGUGCGAGAUAAUAUUGCAGCAUUUGGUGGUGAUCCGAAACGCGUCACUCUGGCCGGUCACGACACCGGAGCUGCACUAGCCAACAUGAUUCUGAUUUCCAAGGCUGGGAAAGGACUGAUUCAUAGAGCAAUACUACUCAGCGGUUCUGCUCUAAGCCCAUGGGCGUUGAUUCCUGAACCAGAUGCGAUCCGGUUAGAAGUUUCACAGCAAAUGGCCUGCCAUUUGCUGGUAGAUCCGCCGCCUGGAAAACCAGCUCUGAAGCCGUCAACAGAUGAUAUCACCGACUGUCUACGGGAUAAGCCACUGGAGGCCCUGAUGGGUGUAAGACUGACUAAUGUACGGUUCAUGCCUUCCUGGGGACCAUUUCUUCCACUAGAAAAUUCACUUGAUCCUGAGUUCGCCAUGGAACAUUCAGGCGAGGGCUUCAUCACCAGUGAGCUGAUGUUAGGCAUGACAACGACCGAGAGCUACAACGACUUUAGCGCCGCUGAUAUUCAGUACGGCCUGGAAGAGGAACAGCGCAAUCGACUUUUGCGAACCUUCAUCAGGAACGCCUUUACUUUUCACCUGAACGAAAUAUUUUCGGCCGUGCGGAACGAGUACACCGACUGGGACAAGCCGAUCCAACACCCAAUCAACAUCAGGGACUCAACAAUGGAGGCGCUAAGUGACGGCCACACGGUGGCUCCUCUUAUCAAAGUUGCCUAUCUGCAUGCCCGACGUGGUGCCAAAACGUACAUGUUUCAUUUCGGUUACCAGAGCAAGGAGAGCGAAUAUCCGCAGCGCUUGGGUAGUGUCCGUGGUGAGGAUCUGCCCUACAUUCUGGGACUUCCUUUGGUGCAAGGGGUUCCCUCGUUUCCGCAGAACUACUCUCGCCAGGACAUGGGAGUGAACGAAGCCGUGCUGAAUUUUGUUAGCAAUUUCUGUAAAACCGGUGACCCGAACGAUGCGGGCCAUCAGACACCGUUGCUGCAUCCGGACUAUGGGACUGCAAAAGAGCGCACUCGUUUCCGGGGCAUCACCUGGGAUACCUUCGAGACGGCCACGCAGCAGUAUCUGAGCAUAUCAACCAAGCCGAAGAUGCGUAGUCACUACCGAGGUCACAAGAUGGCACUUUGGCUGAAUCUGAUCCCGCAGCUUCACCGUCCUGGAGAUCCCGAGGUUUCCAUGCGACAUCAUCACUUCCGCGAACGAGACCCGCACUACUAUGCUGGCUCCGUACGGGCAGAGUCAUUCAGUCGACCGAGAAUGUAUGGCAACGGAAUUAUUAACGAUGCCCAGGAAUCACGACUUGAGUCAUUUGGAACAGAAUGCACGCCUGAUCCGACAAUGGGAGAAGUUCUGCAGGAAGGGAAUACUGACGGGGGAUUGCUUAGUGAGGAAGAAGAGGAAGAGUUACUAGAAAAACUGGCGAAUCGGCAUUAUUAUAGUUACACUGCAGCUUUGGGUGUGACAGUCGGCGUAGGUUGUCUACUACUGUUACUGAAUAUGCUAAUCUUUGCCGGAAUCUACUACCAGCGAGAUCGAUCCCGACGGCGAAAGUCUCAGACAAGUAGUGGUUCCGGCUCGGGAAGUGGAUCUAGAAAUAACGGAAGCCCCAGUCCGGACGAAGCAGAUAUUCCACUGACGACAAUACCGAGCCCGUCUCCAACCAAAGCAAAACGAAGCCAUGAACCCCCUCCGAGCUAUGCAACGCUUCCGAAACGGAACUCGGGCAACAAUCAUCAGCAUCAUCUUCUUCAGCAGCAGCAACAGUCACCGCAGGGUGUAGAACUAACAAAGGAUCCCAACCCGACGACUGCUAGUUUGGGACGGUCCGGAAGUUUAUCUUACAAACAACAGAACACUCUGCCGGAGACGUUUUCCCUGCAGCAACAAACGGCACUGACAAUGAACGAAUCAGUAAGUCAACAUCAUCAACCAUCAACCGACGCUGCGGACACUAAUCAUCACUACCAUAUUCAAACUUUACCGAGAGCCGCAAAAUCUGCACCAUUGCCACCAAUCCGAUCGUCGAGCAACAGUGCCUGUUCGUCUUCGCCAAAUGCGGGUUCCGUGCUUGUGGUGCCAAUUUCCGGUUCACCGUGCUCCUCCGCUUCACCACCUCCAUCAACAGAGUCAAUACUCCAUUCUGCUGUGGCCACCCAAACGGGAACGCCGUUAACUUCAAUCCUUGUAAAUAGUAGUAACCAUCAUCAUCACCAUCACCACCAGCACCGUCAACCGCAGCCACAUAUGGCCGGAGUAGUUGGCAACAGCAACAUAAUCACGGUAGAUUUAGUGAAUUCCACAAAUCCAAAACACAGUAACAGUGGAGGCAGUUCUUACGGUCCCCGUAGUAACCAUUUUAUCGGUAGUACUAGCUUAGGUAAUAAUAGUAGUAACACUCAUCAUCAUCACCAUCAUCUGCACCACCAUGCAAGCAGUAGUGGUGGUGUUGGUGAUGGCGGUGGUGGUAAUUGCGGCGUUGGAACCGUUGGUAGUGGUUCGGUUGGCCUCGGUGGUAGCGGGAAUCUCACAGGAUCCAUGGCCAAUCAGAACCAACCGUCAACAUCAGGGAUGAAUCCUGUUCCUGGUGCCGGUAGUGCUUCGACACUGAAGAAACGUGUUCAGAUUCAGGAGAUAACCGUAUAGCACCGGUACAGCACAGCUGACGACGACCAGGAAGCUGUGUGAAGAUUUAAGCUAGUGAGGAAAGCGUUUGACAUUUGUGGUAGUUUAUUGGACAUUCGGCUCAAAUUGACAUACAAACUAGUACAACUGUGUUAUCUUCAUCCGUUUGACAAAUAUUAUUAUUGCAAAAAACAUUUCAUUUUGGUCAGGUUUUCCAUUCCAGCACAUUAUCUCCAUUCACAAGUUUUAAAUUUGAUUAAUGUCAUUUUUAUCAUGCCAUUUCAACUACCACCUACUAUUAUGAUUCUAUUAAACCCUAGCCAAGCACUCGCCACCUGAUGCAUAAUAAAUCUAUAAGUAACUAAUUUCUUUCUAACCAGUCGGUACUUUCUACUGCAAACAGUAUCAAUCUCCGUAACAGAAUAAUCCGGUAAGCUUUUUUGCAUUACUUCAGUGGAUCCAAGUGGAAAAUCGGAUUACUAGAGAAAUCAAACAUUAGUUAGCAUAUUUCUCCGUACAACGAACUACCUGCUUCUCAUGCUAGUGUGUGUGUCUAAAAUCAUCGGUAUGGCUCUGCCGUCCACCACCAAGCACAUUUCUAUAUUUUCGAAUGCUGUUCAACGAGUAACGAGCUAUGAAUGUGUAAUUGUAAACCAGACGUAAUUAGCUUGUGGAUAUCGAUUGAUACCACCUGGAAGCUCUGUCAGGACGAAACAAGUGCAACAACUAUCCGACAGAACCAGUCGGAUUAAACUUCGGUUAUCCAAUUUGAUCGAAAUGGACAUACUUCAUUUCCUUCUGUCGAUAGCUGGAAGGGUAAAUUUAAUUGAAUUUAAUUCUACUCUCUCUCCAGUAAAGUUUUUAGACAAACAAAGUUGAGUUCGACAAACAAAUGGAAUUUACUGACAGAUUUGACUUAAAUUGGAUUCUAAACAGAGUAACAGAGAAAAUAAAACAGGUGGAAAACAGAAAUUAACCCCCAUCGUGAACCUACUUUCAACCCACUAAGGAUAUUCAAUUUGAUCGUUUGAUAUCCAACGAAAAACCGUAUGAGCUCAGAAGGAUUACUCGUAUUAGUUCAGCAGGUAACCCGGUACCAACAUUGAUGACGCAGAUGAGCAUGUUUACAUGGCUUACGUAUUCAUAAUCGAUAAAUACGGAACUAUUUGCUUAGACACUCUAUACAGUACCAACAUUAAUUUUCUGUGUUUAAUUGUAUUCACAGGGUCGAAUAAAGGCAUAGAGGAUUGUCUAGGGCACCAAGAUCAAGCGGUGCCGAAAAAAGGUCUUUUUUUCUUCCCUUGAUUUAUUUUGUGAAGUGUAAAGUGGAAUCUGCGACUUUGGUAAACAGAAUUUUUAACGCAUGGACGAUAGACGUUAAGGAUUGAAACCAAAAAAGAUAAUUUAAAUAAUGUAUGCCCCUUGGUGGGACGAUAAAUUAAGUAUAGGUUGCGGAUGACUCACAACAAAAUUUGCCUACGUCAAACUUGAACCGAUAUCAGCCAAAUACCCACGUUGAUUAGCUAAAUAUCGUAGGACAUAUUUAUCACAUAUCGGACGGGUUUGAUGAGCACGGCGAGACAAACCACAUUCAUUUAAUCACGUUGCACUUUCAGUGUAUCGAGUCCGAUAGGCAGUCCGCGGCUUUCAUAACUUGGCAACUGAUGAGGAUUAUUUCAUGGUAACUGGCGAAGAGCGAAACGAACAAAUCAUCGCUGUAUUAAUUCGAUUCUGAGAUUUCCAUUAUGGUAAAGCGCCGAAUAAUAUUCGAGCGUUGAACGUACAAGUAGCGAGUAGAGAGACUUCAAACAGUUGAUAUCUGUGAAGUGCUUAGCAUUCUCAUUACAAAUCCCAGGCAACGUGAAGACUUUGCAACAAUGUACUAAAUAUGUUGCUUGUAAAUCGUCAAGAAAAAGCCCAAGAUCCUUGGCACAUGUAACUCUAUCUAUCGUAGAUCCUCGGAGACAAUAGUUGAAACGUAUAGGUGUUCUUUUCCGUGUGAACGUGAUAAUCGAGCAUCAGUAGAUAUUUAAUGUUAUUCGGUCAAUCUCGCACCACUCCGCAAAAGUUUCGAGUUGACUCUGGAGGAAAAUGGCAUCCACUGUUGUCAAUAAUUUCACAUCAGCUAUAUACGGCGUUGGAUAAAUUGAGCUGUGCUCUCUCAAGCGAAUUAAGAACUGAAUAAUGUGGAACAUGAAAGUUUAUUCAUGUCGGUAAGAAGUUCCAUUCAUAUGACACAAUAUCGUUGUUUUGAGAUCGCAGAUCCUUUUUGAAAACCUCAGACAGCACAACUGUUCUUAAUCGAUGAUGUUGCUCAGACACAGUGAAGAUAUUCAACAUAUCAGCCAGUAAAACCUGUUCACGAUCAAUUUCGGACACCAAAAUAAUAGCAGUAAAUAAAAAUUAGGCCUGCUUCAACAAAAUCAGUUGUUUAGUUCGAAAUAAUAGAGAAACAUUAGAAACAGUUGACUAAUAUGUGGUAUACCCACCAUUAGGUUCCGAACGGUAUCCUCAGAUAGGCCCGCGGUGACGAUUGUCCACCUUUUCCUUGAAAUCAUUGGUACCAUUUGAUUUCUUCUUAGUUUAGAAGAAUUUCCGCUUAAUUAGAGUCCACUACUUCUCUAUUGGGCGAAGUUCUACACAGUUUGGUGGACUGGCUGAUUUUCACACGUAUUUCACCUCUUAUAUUUUGGAUUCCGCAUAGUGACAAGAGACCAAACAGGCCAAAAUAGAGCUGGAAAGUCGUAUUUUCUGAUAAAAUGUAGCAACUUCUUUCGAUAUUCUUAAAAACAAUGAUUUUAGAUUUUCGGCCACAACUACACAUGGACUGUCAAAUCAAACACUUCUUCGGAUACUAGGACACCUUCUUCGUCCUGUUACUUUUUAAAGUAGACCCGUAAGCUGUUCAAAGUCUUCGAGAACAUAUAUUUUGUCAUACAUUUUAGUACAAGAAAGGUUUUGCAAAAAAUUGGUGUAAAACUUCAUAGCAUGACUUUUGCAGUGAAAUUUAACUUGUCAUUUCGUUCUCGCUACUUCUUCACUUUUUGUACAUAUGAUUUGGAAUUUCCAAAUAUGGGAGUCACAUUUUAUACAGAGGGAUUCGGAUUUUCACAAUAUUUUUCCAUUUCACUUUUUCACUUUUUGCCCAUUUAUUGGGAGAAUACUUUCCGAUUUGUUCCACUUCCAAACUUCCGAAUCACAAUCAAGCGCUGGUCAAAUGAUAACUCUUUUCGGUAGUUUUAGUGGCUUGGUCAAAUUUUGUGCCCUUCUUAAAAAAUGUGCUUGCACACUUCAACCUCAUUCGACAUAAUUUUUAUGUUUGCAACAAUAAUGUAAACAUGUUGUACCACGAAAUAAAGUAAAGAGUUUCAACUAUCAUACACACCUUGAAAAAAUCGAGUAAAUUUAGGUCUUCUAAGACUUAUUCGAACAUACAAAAUAAUUAAUUUUCAUGAUUAUGCAUUAGCAUUCUGACAUAUUUUUAAGUCCUGAAAUAUGUAAGUAUACACGCGUGUUUAAAAACUGGGAUAUGUUUGACUGGGAUGUUGAAAUCAUUAUGGCAAAAUUCAGUCAUUUUUUGAAUUAGGUUUUUUAAUUGCCAACCACACUCCCCCACACCAAAACGCUCAACAAGGAUCCCCCGGGUUAUGGGCGGAACUAAUCUCAGUUGAUUAACACUAACAAAAACUCAGUUGAUUAACACUAAAAAAAACUGAGAUUACGAACAAUUUUUUCUAAGAUGUGCAAUUAUGGUGUGGAAUCUCAGUGUUAGUAAAUUUCCUAUUAAGGAAUCCACGUUUAAUAUGUAUAAUUAAAUAAUAAAAUACUGUUGACGUUUAACUACCGUUGAUAUAUUACGCUUGCUUAAAAUUUACGCUUAUUGAAUAUAAAGGUCAUUCAGUCUCUGUAUAAAGUAGUGCUUCAGUCUAGAUUUAAAUAUGGUACGGAUAUUGAUUCGUUGUAUGUCAAGAGGAAGAUCAUUAAAUUUUGUAGGUCCAACAAACAGAAUACGCUUUUGGCCCAGAGUUGUGGUUGUUCGAAUGCGUUGCAAGUUGCCAUUACGAUAUGUCGUGGAAUGCAAGGUGUCAUGAAUAGUAAGUAAGCUAUUGGAAGAGCAUUAUGAGCUUGAUAGGAGUACAAUAAAAAUGUAGAGAACAGCAGAGGUUCAUAUGCAUUAUUUCAUAUGUGGAUUUACGUUACCUGAAAAUUUCAUAAUUUGUUGCUGAGUAUAAGUAAAACGUUUCAGAAGUAAUCUAAAAUCUACAAUCAAAUAAAAGUACCAAAAAUUUAACAAGCACAGGUUUUAGUUAGGUGUGCUACAUUUGUUGAUGAUUUAAUGAUUUCGUCUGACCAUUGGGUGACCGCACCACCUGAUAACUCCUAAAGUCCUAAUAAAUCUGAGCACGUUUCAACAAUAACUUAAGAAUACUUUUUAAGAGCUUACUGAUUUAAAAUUCAAAUAAAACACAUGCCAAUUUUUUGUGGAUAAUUUUUUGGCGUCUUACAUUUAAAAAUGAUUGAAACAAAACGGCUCUCUGUACUGCGACAUAUCUCUUCGAAUGUAAAUGUCAGUUACCUGCGGGGGAAGGUCAUGUAUACGCACUUCUACGGCACCGUAUUCUGCGUACGUAGGAGUUUUGUAUUUAAAGUUAUCAUAUUCGACACUGUACAUGUUUUUGUUAACGUAGCGAAUAUUAUUACUUAACUUGCACUUCAAACGUUUAAUACAUAUGAUACGUUGAGAUACACGUGUUCCAUUAGAAAAAUUUCCAUUUCAUUUGCAGAAGGUCUAGUUUUACAGCGCUUAAAAUAAUGCAAAUCAAGUUUGGUCACACAGGAAAAGAUUCCGGUUGAAGCUUAUUUGGGUAGCGUUCCUUUUUCUGAAACGUAACGAUUUAAGUUUGGUAUUUAGUUACAAGUGGAGAUUUUCCAACGUCCCUUUGUUCACAAAACUGUAUUGUUUUCGUUUUUGUUGUUUCUACCGAAUGUGACAUUCAACUACGAGUGUGAAGUGCGUGUUUACAUUGUUAAUAUUAAAAUUGUGUGCUAAGUCACGCGUUGUGGUUGUACAUGGUCCGAACAUAUCGGACAAAUCGGGUUGUCUUCUGAGUUUUGUUUUAUCUCAUCCAGAGCAUGACUUUCGGUUGCUAAAAUAAGGUGUGAAGCGGCGUCACUAUUUUGAAAACAGUGACAGUUUCGCAAUGUUCGAAGUAUCAAUGAAAACCAGUAAUGAAUCAGCAAAUAUUAGUGGCGCUUUUGUUUUGGUAAGUUAUGGAGAAAAUGUAACAUAAUAUUAAAAUUCUAUUAGGAAGAUAUUCUGUCUGAACAAAAGAGGCAAUGAAUAAGAAGUAAAAUCUCGUAACAAUGGUGUGAUAGUCGGGGUCUUGGUGUUAAACUACCUAAAGGGGGAAGCUAAUCACCAGUGAGCCACUCGAUCCCUGUUUAAUUAUGAAAACCCGAAGUGGCUACACAGUCGCUGCUGCUGUUCUGAUGGAACCACUAAACGAGCAACGCUCUUUUCCACAGCCUAAUUGCCCAGGAGAGUGGAGCAGGUAGGAAACCCACUCCAGCAGCAGUGUCUAUCCGGACCAUUUACGCUUAUUAUUUGUUCGCUGGUUGGAACGCUCGCAUCCGAUAGGAUUUUCAUUUUGUUGCACACUCUAGUGUCAUAAUGAAACAUUCCUUUAUAGCUCGAAUGCGCGAGUUUAUAUGCAUUUAAAGCCGAUCGUAUUUGAAUAAAUAACAUCAUUUGUCAUAAUCGUUUAUCGUUAAACAUUCCACCAAAGCUAAGAAAAAACUAUAAACACAUAUUCGAUGAACUGAGCACAAAAUUUUUUGCAUAAAGUUUGUUUGAUUCUUAUUACAUAUUAGGUAUUACAUUUUUUAUUUCAUAGGGCAGUAUACAUUAGCUUUUCUUCGCCGUAUCAUCCACCAUACAUAGUACUUUAAACCUAAUAUAUAUCGAAUACAGUCACAAUGGUUAGCAUUUAAUAAAACAUAUUACUACAAGUUUCUUUAAAUAUGAUAUUAGUAUUUCGGUGUUCAUCAGUUAAUCUGGGUUAAUCUGUCGCGAACUGGGGUAUUGGAUAGUCUACCUUGGAUACGCAAGGAAUUUAUUAGUUGAGAUCUGACAUCACGAUACUAAAUAAAUUUUCUGGCUACCUAGAGUUUCAUUUAUUCAAGGCUUUAGGUUUUUUCAAGGCUACCUGAAUCAGUCAUUUUGAAGACUAACAAUAAGUCAGUCUUCCUCAAGGUUAUACAAAGAGUGAUAUUCUAAUAUAAUCAGUCUUUUGCAAGACUAAGAAAUUAAUCAGCCUUUAUUAAGGCUAGCUAUUCAAAGAAAUAUUCUUCGAACUAAUCAGGCAUUAUUAGGUCUACCACAAAAUCAGUCUUUAUCAAGACUUAUCCAAACUAGGAGUCCAAUCGAAGACUUUUUUUGCCUAGUUAAUUUAUAUUCUUCAAAAAUGCCUGCGUCCAACCGGAAAGGCAACAAGCCUAAAGCUAAAAAGAAUUCAAUACGGAAUAACAUUGGCGAUCUUAUAGAAUCUGAAUGUAAAAAUAACGGACUUCCCUUCCGUUGAUUCUAUGCCGUCUAACAAUAUUUACGAGAUUCUUCCUGAACCGGAUUGUAGCGACAUAGAAAAAAUUCUUCUAAAAUUCCCAGGAUGGACGCUUGUCGUUCUGGGAAGAAACAACAAUCUAUGCCCCCAGUGAUGGUGAUGAUUUCCAACUUCAAAGCAUUCCGUACUGAACUUCCUACUUUUCUCCCGGAAGUAAAAGUCUCAUUUCAAAUCGGAAGAAGAGGAAUGGCGAGUUUUGGUUGAUGGAUUAGAAGAUUACGAGCGUCUUAUACGAUAGUUGUCCGGGAAACUUCAUAAAUUUUAUUCAUAUGAUAUAAAAUCAGACAGACCCUUCUAGGCUGUCCUGAAAGGCUCAUCAAAUGAUCAAAGUACUGAUGAAAUUAAAAAUGAACUAAAAGAAUUGCUUGGUUUUGCCCCUUCCCAAGUAAUACUUAUGAAAUAAAGAGCGAAUGUUGUUUUCAAACCACGUUCUGGAAUUUCUCAUGAACUUUACCUAAUACACUUCACUCGAAGUGAUGUAAACAAUUUGAAAACAUUAGAAAAAGCACGUUUCAUUUUCCACAUAAAAAUUCAUUGGAAACAUUAUAAACAGCAUAAUGGUAUUGCAAACAUAACGCAAUGUCGUCGUUGUCAAGGCUUCGGCCAUGGUACCAAAAAUUUGUCAUAUGGAUAUAUGGUGUUUGAAAUGUGGUAAAUCGCAUUCGAAAGACGUCUUUCCAAUGAAUGAAACCACUGAUAAAUUUUCAUGUUCAAAUUGCGAUGGAAAUCAUAAAUCCAAAUGAUUGAAAUGUCUUGUCAGGGAAAAAUUUAGACGCUCGUUCGCUUAGACAACAAGUCAAAUCAACGACCUUAAAUUUAGAGAACAUACCUGAAAAAAAAAAACAAACAAACAAAUGCCACGCCUAAUUCUUCUAAGGCACUUAUUUCUUCGAAUUUAAAACAAAAAACAGAUACGCCUUCCAGUUAUUCUUUUAACGAAAACAAUUUAUUGAUAGGUAGAUCGGCCAAGUCAUCUUCUUCUAAUGGCAGUUACGCUAGUGUAACAGGUAGACAUCUACCUACCAAUAUUACUUAAAUACCAUUCGCUUCUUUAAACGAAGUCGAUAUAGGCGACAUAACGGAAAAUAAAAUAAUCUACCUACAAGAUCAACUUUUUCAAAUGAUCAUCCGAAUGGAUUCGACUUCAUCACUUUUUGAAGCAUUUAAAGCUGGAUGGCAGUUUCCAAAUAAUAUUAUAAUGAAUUUAAAAUUUAGCAGUGAUGUUAAAUAAUUAUUUGAAUAUUUUAAAUUGAAAUACUCGAUCUUUGAAAUCGAGUGAAGAUGAAUUUUAUAAUUCUCUCAAAAUUCACAAAAUUCAUAUUGCCAUUGUGACAGAAACAUUUCUUAAACCAAAUGUCAAAUUGAAAAGCAAUCCUCAUUAUGAGGUUCAUCGAUUUGAAAGGUUUACUGGAAUGGGUAGUGGAGUUGCCAUUUUUGUCCAACGGCAAAUUAAACAUCGGGUUUUACCUUCUUUCAAUACUAAAGUUAUAAAGGCUUGGAAAUCGUGGUUGAAACCAUUCAUGGAAUUUAUUUCAUCGCUGGAGCAUAUUUGCCAUUACAAUGCACCGGUGAACAAUUAAAUUUCUUUAAAGGUGAUUUGCAAAAACUCACAAGAUAUCGACCGAAAUUUUUCGUAAUAAGGAACCUAAAUGCAAAGCAUGUCACGUGGAAUUGUAGGCAAAAAACCGCAAUGGAAAAAUACUUCAUAAUCAACUCUCUGCUGGUCCCCAAGGUAGACUAUCCAAUAUCCCAGUUCGAGACAUUCUUGCUUGUCGUGACCUUUCAUACAUGAAACUUAUUUAUCAUUUCAUAAAGAAAACUGGAGUUUCAAUUGUAUAAAGGCCCCUUUCAAGACUUAGUUCUGAUCCCAGCUGCGUCCAUGAGUUCAACCAAUAGCUAAAUUAGAAUAAAAAUAAUGUAAUGACACAAACAAACUCGAAACAGUUUAUGAAAUUAUUAACAAAAUGUCUGAAAAUAACAGCUUAUUUUAUAAUUUAUAGAAGUUAUUCGUUUGGUUCAAAUAAUAUUUCCGAGUAGAUUUCAUAAUUAAUGACGAGUUACCUAAGAUGAUAUUUAAGUAAUAAGAGAAUAUGUUUUAAUAAAUGCAAAACGUUGUGACUAUGUUAGAAUUAAAUUAGGAUAAGAAUAUUAUGUAAAAGUGAUGCUACGGCGAAGAAAAACUUAUGUAAACUGCCUUAUGAAAUAAACGUAUUUAUGAAAAAAAAAAAACUCUCUGCUGGUUACUUUUCAGUUCUUUAUCCCAGUAAUCCGACUUGUUUCUCUUCCGUUAAAAUCCCGUCUACAUGUGAUCUGGUUAUAACAAAUCGAAGUCACAUUUGUAGUCACCGAUUACACAUGUUGACUUUGACUCAGAUCAUCUUCCUGUAACAUUCAGAAUUUCCAACAAAGCUAUAAUUAAUCCAAUUAGUUCUAUAUUCAACUACCAUAGAGCUUAUUGCUUGGAAUACAAAUCUCACAUUGAAAAUCAUGUGGAUCAUGAAAUUAUUUUAGAAAAUUUUGCGGACAUCGACACAGCAAUAGAUAAUUUGAAUUAUUACAUUAUCGAGGCUAGAAAUCUUUCAAUUCACGAAGCUCAAACUAAAUUAAAUUUUUCUAUCAUCGUUGACAAUCUUCAACUAGCCAUUCGGCUGAAGAAUGUUCGUCGACGACAAUAUCGACGUUCUCGUGAUCCUACUAUGAAAACAUAGUUAAAGAUUUACAAAAAGAAAUUAAACAUAGAUUUACUAUUACGGAAAUGAAAAUUUCGCUAAAGAAGUUGAACAAAUUAAACCUUAUUCUAAACCUUUCUGGAAACUUUCUAAGGUUCUUGGGAAACCUCAGAAACCAAUUUCUGCUCGCAAGGAAGGAAAUCGGAUACUUCUUACAAAUGGCGAAAAAGUUCAAAAACUUGCUCAGCAGUUUGAGAGUGUCCACAAUUCUAAUUUGAACGUUGUGAGUUCUAUUGAAAAUGAAGUCUCACUGAAAUAUGAUCAUAUCUCAACUCAAGUGUUAUUACAAGAUGACAUUAUUGAGACGAAUUUUGAUGAAAUUAAGUCAAUUAUAAGGAAACUUAAAAACAUGAAGGCUCCUGGUAAUGAUGGAAUAAAAUAUGAAAUAUGCUUCCCGAUGUUGUCUUGAGACUCUUGGUUAUAAUUUUCAAGUGUUUUUCAUUAGUUUACUUCCGAAAAAGAUGGGAAAACGCUGAAGUAAUUUCUAUCCUCAAACCUGAUAAAAAGCCAGCAGAAGCAUCAAGUUAUCGACCAAUUUGUUUACUUUCUUCUACCAGUAAAGUUUUUGAAAAAAAAACUAUUUUGUUGAGAAUGAUGCCUCAUAUGAAUGAAAAUUAAUUUUUUUGGAUUUCGUCAUGAACAUUCAACUACUCAUCAACUUGUAAGAGUAACGAACAUGAUAAAAGCAAAUAAAUCUUCUGGGUUAUCCACUGGAGUUGCUCUUCUAGACAUAGAAAAAGCAUUCGGCUGUGUUUGGCACAAAGGUUUGAUAGUAAAAAUGUCUGAUUUCCAGUUUUCUAUUUAUUUGAUCAAAACGAUUCGAAAUUAUUUAACUGAUCGUACUCUUCAGGUUAGCUAUCAGAAUUACAAAUCUGAAUUCCUACCCGUACGAGCAGGCAUUCCGCAGGGUUCGAGCAUAGCUUGUAUAAUAUUUUCACUUCUGAUCUUCCAAAUCUACCCGGUGGUUGUAAGAAAUCGCUAUUAUGUUACGACACAAGCCACAGGUAGAAAUCUAAGAGUGAUCUGCAGUCGCCUAUGAAGAAGCUUAAAUAUUUUCAGUGAUUAUCUGUUAAAAUGGAAAAUUAAACUAAAUGCAGCAAAAACGCCACUAAUUACCUGACAACAGCACCAUUUUUUUACCAGUGACUUUUCUACGCUAGGGCAGUACUUCGUUUAAUCUAGCCAAGAAUUGUUGUUUAUUGUUGUAAUCUACAUACAACUAGUAGGGUAACAGAGGCAUUUUGGCCCACUUUAGGAUUGAUUUUAUUUUGGCCUACUUUGUAGAAAUAUCCACCAAAUGUUGUAAUAUCUUUGAAAAACCCUUCUGCAAUAGGUAAUUGAAUGUGAUUAGCUUCAAAUUGAUGCAACAUGGGUUACUUAACAUCGAUUAAAUCCAUAAAGUUUGUUAGGUGAGCCAAAACAUAUGAAGUGGCCAAAAUACCUAUGUUACCCUAUAUAUAAAAAUGUUACUACUAAUGAACUCCGGUGAAAUAAAUAGAUGGAUUUAUUUUGUUUUUAAAAGUUUGGAAGAGUUAGUUAUUUGUAUAUGUAUGCAUGACUAAGCGCUCAUUGUUUGCUGCUAUAAUCAAUGCAUUGUAUGUUUCCAAGCUAAUUUGUUAACUUUGCGUUAUCGUCUCAGUUCAUCGAAAGUAUCACAUAAUACAUAUGUUAUGUACACCGCAGAACUCAGGUGUUUGUACCUCUACAUGAAAUAUGUGUGAUCGAUAAAAUCACCUUCUACUAUUAGGCGAUUAACUGAUAUACAUUUAAUGGUAUUUGGCAGAUGGAACGAAACUCUCAAGUAUCGUAGCGAGCAGUUGAGCGGAAAACUGUGGUGAUAUAGUGUUUACCAACGUACUUCGACUUGAAAGUUUACACAGGUUCAUGAAUGAAAAAUAUUGUUUUCCGACACGAACAAUAUGCUACCACAUUGUUCAACACUAGUAUAAUAUACAAAACAACUGUAAAUAUUGCUGUGGGGUAUGGCCAAUCCAAAUGUAUAUAAUCAGUAGAGAAAGAUAAAACCGAGUUUGUUUCAGAACUGUUAUUUACCUAAUAAAAUAUUUAAAUCAGACCUGCUAGGAAAGAUUAUGACUAAAAUAAACAUGAAACGUAAUCAAGGAAUUGGACAGAGCAAAAGAGCAUUUAAAGGGAACCAUUAUAUUUAGAUACAGAAAUGUUUUAG